AUGACAACACAAACGAACCCGGCGACAGACCUCCCAGUAUACGGCAACUAUCGCGAUUAUUACUACAAACGACCGCUCGCCAGCGACGCGCGCUUGGCUUUGUUAUCGGCGUAUUCCCCGGACCUGUUCUCUGGUAAACGGGUUCUCGAUGUGGGCUGCAACGAAGGUUGGAUAACAUGUGAGAUUGCCCAGUCUCUCGGGGCGAGCAAAGUCGUGGGGGUUGACGUCGACUCUGCCCUCAUCGAGCGUGCUUGGCAUCGCCGGAGAACCUGCUUUUCCCGUCAGCGCACCUCGGUUACUACCAAAUGCACACCUGAACAAGAAGAGACCCUUCGCAUUCGGCGUAUUGACGCAACCUACUUUCCUGCAUCCUGUGAACAUAUGUUUGGUCCCUUACCGACGCCUCGAUCUACUGCUUCGACAGCCCACGAGUUCCCGCAUAAUAUCUCUUUUCGUGUAGCCGACUGGACGCGUGAACGAAUCCCUGAGGAUGGGGACGGAUAUGAUGUGGUCGUUGCGUUCUCUGUAUCCAAGUGGAUUCACCUCAAUACUGGUGACGACGGCCUCCUAACUUUCUUCCGCAAGGUCCACUCGACGCUUCAACCGGGCGGCAUGUUGAUCCUCGAACCUCAGGACAGGAGCUCGUACCAGAAAGCGGGAAGGAUGCAUGAGAAACUCCGUUCUAUGCUUCAUACGCUUGAACUACGACCUGAGGAUUUCCCGCGAAUCCUGACGGAGAUUGGCUUCAAACCUGUUGAACACCUGACAAUCGGGACGUCAUUCAUUCUGAACGGAGGUUUCGACCGCCCUCUGGAUCUCUACAUCAAGAUAUGACUUGGGCACGCUGGCACGCAAAUCCAAUUCGCAAGAAGCACGCGCUUCUCAUCAGGUCUUCGUUUUCGUUGACACUGGCCCAGCCACGUGACCAGUUACUUCAUCCAUGGAGCUGUCAGCGUUCUCCUCCGUGGCGUCUCGAUCUCAGGGAGGUAUCCGGCUUGUUCGCGAUUUCUUCGAUCUUUUCCGGUGCCGUCGCUCCCCCGUCCUCGACAACAUACACAGCUGUCCCGCCGCAUAAAUUGCUCCGACAAUGUGCAUAUUUGGUGCUCAUUGUGAAAUUUUCGUCGGCGAAGAUACUUGAACAUGCAUUCGAAACAUCGCGGGCUCCUAUGCUGACGCCGGGUUUACUUAUCAGGCCAUCGGGUGGGCCAGAAGCGGACGUCCGAUCGGAGGAAUGGAAUCUGCCCGGUUCGUCGUCACAUCUGGACCACGGCCACGUCACCGCGAUUGCAUUUGGCAGCCAUCUACGGAGUUGCCUUGUAACCGACUCAUUCCUGUCUCCUCUUGUUCGUACGGUUCUGGUCCACGUCCAUAGCGUUGGGUCAUCCUCCGACAUAUACGGCCUACCAUUUCAUCCCACAUUGCAAUGACCGCAUUCGGUGUGUCCCAGAAGGCAAUAGGAAAUUACAUACUG